AUGGAGUGGGAGCUGAAUCUGCUGCUCUACCUGGCGCUCUUCUUCUUCCUGCUCUUCCUCCUGUUCCUCCUGCUCUUCGUGGUCAUCAAGCAGCUGAAGAACUCGGUGGCCAACACAGCCGGGACGCUGCAGCCCGGGCGCCUGUCACUGCACCGGGAACCGUGGGGUUUCAAUAACGAGCAAGCGGUGUGA